AUGGUACGGCGCUACCUCAAGCUCCUCGAGUUCCUCGAGUUCCUUGAUGCCGAAGACGGCGGCAUCAUGGACCUGCUGCCGCCGCCGGCGACGAACAAGCGACUGCGCGCAUUGUACCAGCAGCUGUGCGACAUCGAGUCGGUCUCUAAAGCCCUUCAAGGCCACGACGUCGACCCGCUGGACGUGCGCGAGUGGUUCGACGAGCUGAUUGCUGUCAAGCCACAGUAUGGGUGCUACAUUGGACCUCGAGCCAACAUUGUGCACAGCCCAGACUUUGAGACUGGGUGUGCUCGCAUUCUCCGCGGGAAGGCGCAGCGACUGACGCGUGCUGAAAAGGCCGCUUUGCGACUCUUCGAAGCUGCCAAUCCGGACGACGCGGCCGCGAGCGAGGAGGAGGAGGCAACCGCGUCGUUUGUGGGGCGCCUGCGGAAGCGCCGGCGGCUUGCGCAGGAUGCGAUGAAGUAUGAGCAGCUGGAGAGCAUUCCAUCCACGUCAAACGUGGUGGAACGCUUCUUUAGCAUUGCUCGGGUGACCUUUGGUCAUCAACGACAGGGUCUGCUGCCGCACACGCUUGAGACACUUUUGUUCCUGCGUCAGGAUCGGUCGUACUGGGACGCAACGACUGUUGACAAUUUGCGCUAG